CGGCGGCGCAGGCUGCGCGGAGGCUGCGCGGGGGCUGCGCGGGGGCUGCGCGGAGGCACCAUGCGGGCGCUGCCGCUGCUCCUGCUCCUGCUCGGCGGCGGCGGCGGUGUCAGCUCUGAGGAUAAAAGCACUACUGUAACGAUCAGUACAAAGCCAGGAGGUGAGCAGAGUGUCACUGCUGCAGCUACCAGCGCAGUUCAAGGAACCAGCCCUAAAAACAGCGCAGGAAACUCACCAUCUCCCCCAGUGGCUCUCACCACAACGACAAACAGUCCUAUGAACAGCAUGGGAAGCCCGCUACCCAGCCCUGUUGCAUCUCCCAGCACAGUUCCAGCGACCAGCCCUACAAACACCCUAGGAAAACCAUCAUCCACCGCUGCUGUGUCUCCCAGCCCAGCUCAAACGACCAGCCCUACACAUACCUCAGGAAAGCCAUCGUCCACCCCUGCUGUGUCUCCCAGCACAACUCAGGGGACCAGCACUAAGAACAACUUGGGACACUCAUCGCCCGCCCCUGUUACGUCGCCCAGCGUGCCUCAGCAGGCCAGUCCUUCAGCCCACUCAGGAUCAUCAGUAGCCACCACUGCUGUGACCUCCAGUGUGGCUCAGAGGCAGAGCAGCCCUUCAGCCAGCUCGGGAAACUCACUAACCACUGUUGCAACAUCUCCCCGUGCAGCUCAGGGGAGCCAUGCUCUGGACCAGCUGACCAGCCCUGCAGUGAGCACCGGGGUCCCAGCGGCCAGCCCUUCUCCUGGGGUCAAGGACCACAGUGUCUCCUCCCCCAAAUCUGUCACCCAGCAGCCUCAUUCUUCUCUCAGUCCUGCAGUCCAAGGACCAGCCUCUUCCACCAGACCUGGAAGCAUCAGCACUUCUGUUGCCCCAUCUGCUGGAUCCAUAUCCCCCACCACUAAUAAAACGUCUCUGUCUUCACCACCUGGCAAUAUAGACAAGGUUUCUAAGCCAACCACCACGCUGACUCCUGGAGCAGGUCAGACCAGCCGCGGUCAAGAAGCUAUGUCAACCAAGCCUGGAACUACUGAUCAGAGUCCAACCAGCACACAGCCAUCGGUCCCAACCUCCGGGCGCCAGACAACGAGCAGUAGGCCUGGCCAUCAGCACCCUAAUGACACCUUCCAAAAUGAGGUCAUUUGUGAAGACCAGGUGCAACACAGCUGGCCUAUCAUAAACCUUAAAGAGGCUAAAACCUGUGCCGAGUGGAAGACCCUGACCCUGAACAGCUCCUUGUUCAAGACCUUCUGCUCAACAGCUCGCUACACAUAUGACCCCAGCAGAGACAAGUGCACGGUGACCCUGGCAUCGCCAGAGCCACGGUCACAGCAGUGGGCCGUACGGGCAGUCGUGCACCUUCAUUUGGACCCUGAGAAGGUCUGAGGAGCUGAAGAGAAGAGGGACGAAUUAGAUGAGCUUGGCAUCACCAACGUCACCUUCCAUGACAAGCAGAUGGAGGAGAUCAAGGACCGAUUCAGCACACCUCUGAUCAUCACCAUCGUCACCCUGGCUGGCUCCCUGCUGCUCGUUGCUGCCAUCUACGGCUGCUGCCACCAACGCUUCUCCCACAAGAAGGACCAGCACAUCCACCCCGAUGUCCCCGGGUUUGAUGAUGGACAUGUGGCUCUGAUCUUUAAUCAGCGCCUGACCGAGGAGCUGCAGACCAUGGAGAACGGCUACCACGACAACCCCACGCUGGAGGUGAUGGAGACCUCCUCGGAGAUGCAGGAGAAGAAGGUGAACCUCAACGGCGAGCUUGGCGACAGCUGGAUCGUUCCUCUGGACACCCUGGUGAAAGACGACCUGGAGGAAGAGGACACGCAUUUAUAGGAUGCGGGGGGCGAGCAAGAAAGCGACCGCCGGGGAAACCCCGUAACGCCACCCGCGGGCGCACAUGACCCCCCCAAAAAAGCAAAAAAAAAAAAAAAAAAAAUCUCCCCGUGCAAACCCCAGCACAGCCCCUCUGAGCUCCUCGCAGGACGGAGAGGGAGGCAGGCGAGAUGCUUAGAGCAUCGCUUGCUCCCCCGGCUUUUUUAGGGGGGCGUUUCGGGCAUUCCCGGGCUCUGCUCUGCCCUCUCCGCCGGCUCCUGCCCUUGCAGAGCAGGCGCCGCUCGGCCGGCCGGCGGAAAGGGCCGUUUCCCUCCCCCAGCUCCCAGCUCCUGCAGUCCCCCUCCCCAUUCCCCCCCCCCCUUUUCAAGCCCUCCGGGAUUGCCCCAAAUCCGCCAGCCAAAGUUAGCGCCGGCCGCGGAGCCGAGGGCGCCGAGCCGUGGCCGCUCCUGCUGCCACUUCCCGCUUCGGCGGCGAAGCUGGGACCGGACUUUCGCCCUCCGAUGUUAUUUUUAUUUUUUUUAAUAUUUUUUUUAAGGUCUCCUGCGGCAGCAAAUCUUUUCCCUGGGGCGCCGCAGCUGGGGGACCGCGACGGAGAUGAGCCCCGACGAGCGGGGGCGAAGGCGAGCGGGAGGCUGGGGGACAGCCGGGUCUCGCCCGGCAGGCGAAGGGGUUGGGGCAGUUUUCCCUCCGCGGGGAGAAGAUGCCGCUGGCAGAGCACAGAGUUUUUGAGGCGUUCAAACCCAUCUAUUUUUGUAUGUAAAUAUUAAGCGCCGUUCGUUAGCCCACGUCGCUUAGCUGCGCACUGCACUAAAGGGGAGUAAUUUUGGAGGGGGGUGCAAAAAUUAAGGAAAAAUGAAAAAAAAAGAGAUAGAGAAAAAGCUGAAGGCAUCUGGUAAGGGAUCAAGAUCCAGCACCACGCGACGGGAGCGACUCCGCGCGUGGGCUGCCGGGACCGGUUUCGGCACGUGCCUAAAAUCCCGUUGCCAGCGAGCGGACGCCAAAGUGCUUUAAUGAGUCAAGUCCAAAGACUUUCCAAAAGCAGCCCAGAGAGCGAGGGCUCGAGAGCGAGCAACUUUAAAUCUUUCAGAGCAGAGACCAGUGGAGAUAUUAACUGCUCAGCAAGUGCUUAUGAUGAUUUAUAUUUGAAUGGGAAUUGUACAUUUAUUUAUUUUUCCAGACACCGUAUUUUUAAACUGCUGAUGUUUUAUAGUAGAUUUCUUUUCUUUCCCUUCCCCUAUUUAAAGAAACGUUGCCUCUGAAAAACAGCGAGUUUUUAUGUUGAUAAUGCUCCUUUUGCAAAAGGAUCAGGUAGGAAAUGCAGCGAUGAGCAUCUUGGGCCUUAAUACUUCCCUGAAGCAGACUGUAGCCAUCACUGUUAGACCAAAAAGAAAAUCCUACCCCGUUAUUUCCUUCCUGCCUGCCCCUUUCCCCUUCUUCUCUCCUUCCCCUCUCUUCUCUCCUCCCCCUCCCAAAAAUAGCUUUAACAUAAGACACGCUGUGCGACGAUUACUGCGCCUACCGUUGGGUAAGACUUUUACAAGCAGUUCAGAUGUUCUUGCAAGAGACUUUUCUAUUUUUGGAUUCACGAGGAACACGCAGGGACUUUGGGGCCGUUUCUUUCCCGCGCCCGGCGCGCCACGAUCCACCCAACUCAAGUUUCUACCGUGACUUUUACCUCCGGCCGGAGACGUAAAUCCACAGGAGCCGGCGGCGGGAGAGCAGAACCCGUCUUCUCUCCGGCGAUCCGCGUCUCUCUCGGGGACAGGAGUCUGAUUUACACUGGAAUUUACUGAGGAACUGGAUUGCAGAGAUUAUUCUUGCAUUUUCCUACAACUAUAUUUUGAAAGCAUCAUGUAUUUCUGUCAAUAAAGGUUCUUAUGUAAAAGA